AUGAGUGUUCAUUACGGCGAGCUAGCACUACUCGUGCUCGGGCUCUACCUAAUCUUACAGAGUAUAUAUCGUCUUAUUUCCCACCCUCUCCGACACAUCCCGGGCCCAAAGCUAGCUGCUAUAUCCUAUUUCUAUGAGUUUUACUACAACUGCGUUUGCGGAGGGAAGUUCCUGUUUGAAAUCGAGCGCAUGCACCAAGUAUACGGCCCUAUUGUCCGCAUAAAUCCACAAGAAAUCCACAUCAGUGACCCCAGCUUUUACCACGAAAUCUAUGCAUCGAGUGCUCAUCAUCGUGACAAACAUGCCGGCACCGUCGCAGGUCUCGGGGUACCCGCUUCCCUGGUCGCUACUAUCACGCACGAUCACCACCGCUUACGACGCAGUUUGCUAGGGAGUUACUUUUCCCGCGGCUCAGUCCUGAAGGAUAUGGUACCGCUGGUGGACGAGCGCAUCCAGAAACUAAUGAAUCGACUACGCGAGGCAUGUAAUGAUCAGGGGAAGGUCGUGUGUUUAGACGAUGCGUACGCGGGCAUGGCGUCCGAUAUCAUCGCUCAGUAUCUGUAUGGGCGAUGCUGGAACUGUCUCGAGCUCGAGAACUUCGGGAAUCAUAUUCGAGGUGCGAUUCUGCGCCUGUUGAGCUUCGUCCAUUUUACGCAGUAUGCGCCGUGGCUUGUUAAAUGGCUGCGAAUGCUCCCGCUGGAUACGUUGCGUCGCGUGCAGCCGGGCAUGGCGGCUAUUUUCGAUAUCACGGAAAUGGCAGAUGUAUGGAACGGAGAGCUUAAAAAGGAGGAAGCUCGAAAGACAGAAGAUGUUAAAGAACUGCCAAUCUUCCAUAGGCUGGCGAAUCCGAAUAUUCCUGCCGCGGAACGCACUCCGCAACGGCUCCAGGACGAGGGGAUACUUCUUCUCCUAGCAGGGACGGACACUACGGCGAUUGCACUAACCACUGCGACUUUUUAUGUCUUCGAGAAUGAACAGGUUUUGCAACGCUUACGAGCGGAGGUGCAGGAUGCGAUUCCGACGCCCACGAGUCCGGCGAGUGUUCCUCAACUGGAGAAAUUGCCUUUUCUGACGGCCGUUAUCUACGAAAGCCUUAGGCUCUCCUAUGGUCCUGUCAUGCGGUUACCACGAGUAGCACCUACGGAGACUUUGCGGUAUGAGGACUAUACCAUUCCCCCUGGGACCCCCAUGAGUUCAAUUUCCUAUUUCAUCCACCGCGACCCAAUCCUCUUCCCUGAACCGAGCACUUUCAAUCCAGAGCGCUGGCUCCAAGACCACGAACAAACUGACCACUUGAAACGGUACAUCGUCAACUUCUCCAAGGGCAGUCGAGUUUGUGUGGGAAUGAGUCUCGCUUAUGCCGAAAUGUACCUCACAAUCGCACGUCUAGUACGAUGCUUUGAUAUUGAAUUGCAUGAUACAACGAUUGAGGAUUUAAAGAUUGUCUCAGAGAAGCUGUUGCCUGUGACAAGGCGUGGGCCAACGAGGGUUUAUGCAAAGAUGGAGAAUCAACGCCGACCACAUCAUCGAAGUGAAUUCGAGAUUGCUGUGAUCUGCGCCUUGCAGGCAGAAUCCGAUGCCGUCGAGGCCGCGUUCGAUACGAAAUGGGAAUACACCUUUGGAAAAGCAGCGGCAGACCCGAACACCUACUCGAUGGGCAGAAUCGGCCGACACAAUGUCGUGUUAGUGUUUCUGCCGAGCAUGGGAAAGGCAUGUGCAGCGAGCGCAACCGCCAGACAGUCAUUUCAACUGUAG